AUGAUUUUAUCGGAAUAUAUAGCGUCACUGACGCAGAAUCCCUAUUUCGGAGCUGGUUUUGGACUGUUUGGCGUAGGUGCAGGGGCAGCAAUAUUACGAAAAGGGUUUCAGACUUCUAUGAUCCUAUUUAGAAGACAUUGUAUGAUAACUUUGGAGGUUCCUUGUCGCGACAAGUCAUACCAAUGGCUGUUACAGUGGAUCACACAGAAAGGAGCUAAAAAGACCCAACACUUGAGCGUGGAAACUUCGUUCCUGCAAAAAGAUACUGGGCAGAUCAAAACCAAAUACGACUUCAUACCUAGUGUUGGACAGCAUUUUUUCAGAUAUGGUGGUUCAUGGAUAAAAGUUGAGCGCGUAAGAGAGCAGCAAACUUUAGACUUACACAUGGGUGUGCCAUGGGAGACCGUCACCUUGACUUCGUUUGGCCGGGACAAGCAAAUUUACUAUGACAUUUUAGAAGAAGCCAGAACAAUGGCUCUUAAGCAACAUGAAGGCAUGACGUUAAUGUACACGGCAAUGGGUGCGGAUUGGCGGCAGUUUGGACAUCCGCGGAGACGCCGGCCGCUACAUAGUGUAGUUUUAAAGGAGGGACUCGGUGACCGCAUUUUACAAGACUGCCUAGACUUUAUUGAUAAUCCACAAUGGUAUAUUGACCGUGGAAUCCCAUAUAGAAGAGGCUACUUAUUAUAUGGACCACCAGGCUGUGGCAAAUCGUCCUUCAUCAUGGCGCUGGCCGGCGAGUUAGAGUAUAACAUCUGUGUCCUAAAUCUCUCCGAAAGAGGUCUUACUGAUGAUAGGCUUAAUCAUUUAUUGAGUGUCGCCCCAGAGCAAUCAAUAAUACUCCUCGAAGACAUAGACGCAGCGUUUGUUUCCCGCGCGGACACUCCCGCGCAGAAGGCGGCGUACGACGGCUUGAACCGGGUUACGUUCAGUGGUCUACUCAAUUGCCUCGAUGGCGUCGCGAGCACAGAAGCCCGAAUCGUUUUUAUGACUACCAAUUAUUUGGAAAGGUUAGAUCCAGCUCUAAUAAGACCUGGACGGGUGGAUAUGAAAGAAUACGUCGGCUACUGUGAUCAAGCCCAAAUAGAACUUAUGUUCUUGCGGUUCUACAAGUCGCCCGACCAUGCCAAGAUAUUUUCGGAAAAGGUUCUGGCACAGAAGAAGGUGGUAAGCCCUGCGCAAAUACAAGGAUACUUCAUGUUCCACAAGCACUCCCCACCAGAAGAAGUACUGAAAGACGUCGAAAACAUUUGGACGCUAGGUUAACGUUACGACAUUCUGUGAUAUUUAGACAAUAGGUUCAAUAAA